GUCUUUUUGUUUAUUUUUAGACUUUGAUUAAGACUCAAGAAGCAGGGGAGCUUUGAAAAUGGCGGAAAAUGGAGCAAAUCUUCCAUUUCCAGCAGACAAGAACAAAAGACCCACUUCAUUUCCGAGGUUGUUGACCGGAUUUGCUACCUUAAAAGUUUUCACCGAUGCUAAUGAGGCGGUAAUGAGCCCGACCUCUAUACUUGACAGCAAGUCCUUCUCUGCUUUCAGAAACCCUUUCUGGUCCGAUUCUGGCACCCCCAAAACCCCUGAACCUGAAACCCGACACAAGCUCGGCUCCAAAGGGAUCGGCCUAGGCAUUGUUGAUGCUCUCCGUGACGAUGACUCCGAUCCCAAUCAGUCAAAACCCGAGACCCGGAUGAUUCUGUUCGGGUCGCAGCUAAGGAUCCAUAUUCCUCCUCUGCCUCCCUCUGUUCUUUCUCCAGCGGAAUCGCCCAAAUCCACUCCGGAGUUCGGUAUCAAAACGAGGAAUUCUCAAUUGGGUUUGCUUUCUUCUUCACCGGCGAGAAAAUCCGGAUUUGGGUCGGCGAAUUCCAACAUGGAUGCUGCAAGUUCACCCCGGGUUUUCACCGGAUCUCUCUCUGCAACUGAGAUGGAGCUCUCCGAGGAUUACACUUGCGUGAUAUCUCACGGUGCCAAUCCGAGAACUACCCAUAUUUUUGACGAUUGCGUCGUGGAGAGCUGUUAUGGUGUCGUCGGAUUCUCUGCUCUGAGGAAAGAGAAUGGAUUUCCCUGCGAACGGUCAAAUUACCAAUCGGAGAAUUUCCUCAGCUCCUGUUACACAUGCAAGAAGAAUCUUGGGCAGGGAAAAGACAUUUUCAUCUACAGGGGUGAGAAGGCUUUCUGCAGUCGAGAAUGCCGGUAUCAGGAGAUGAUUUUGGAAGAUGAAAUGGAUAAUUUGGAUUGCUCUUGACAGUUUUCCUAGUCACGUUUAUCUUAAUCCCUCUGUUGUUCAGUCAUGUACAAAUUGUUUGUGGACUUUCAUCAAAAUUUUAGAUCAAUUAAAAAAAAAAAAUCAACUUAAUCCAAUUCUGGAAAGUUGAUGGUGUUUUUGGUCCUUAGUGAUCUUCUCCAACUAAAAAAUAUUGGCUAAAUUUAGUGCUUGGUUUUGUGGCUAAUUACCUUUUUUUUUUUUUUUUUUUUUAUCACUAAAGUGUAAGUUUAUUUCUUCUAAAUUAAUUUAGAAAUUUUCAAAAAAAUUAAAAUUAAAAAAGUGUUGUCUAAUAUAAACUAUUUUAGAUAGUAAAAUACUAAUCAUUAAAUGAAAUUAUGAUGCGUCCAUGGGAUUGUGUUAUCUGAUGUUGUGGGUUUUUUUUUUUCCAUCCAUGAGACCAUGUUUUACCGUUUGAAUUAGAUUGUAAAAUAAGGAAUUCUAUCAAAA